GGCAGCCUGGGAGGCGGGACGGAGGGGGGCGAAGGCCCACUCGGGCGGUGGUUGACGUGUGGGUGAGGAGCGGCGGCGCCGGGAGCAUCAUGUCGAAGGUCACCUUUAAAGUGACGCUGACCUCGGACCCGCGGCUGCCCUACAAAGUGUUAAGUGUGCCCGAAAGUACGCCUUUCACAGCUGUCUUGAAGUUUGCUGCAGAAGAAUUCAAAGUUCCUGCAGCAACAAGUGCCAUUAUAACAAAUGAUGGUAUAGGAAUAAACCCUGCACAGACAGCAGGUCUCAUUCAUUUGUGCCCUCUGUCUGCCAGUCAUUAUUGAAGAUACCACACCAGGUGGUUUUUUUUCACAUCUAAAGAGAGAAUAAGAAAGCAAGGUAUUAUCAGCAUACUUAGCUACGUAAGAUAAAUAGUAUGAAGUAAAUCCUUGCAGAGCACGUAAUAGUUUCUGAUGGUUAGAAGAGCAGUUGCUUGACGUUAGUUUGGGGAAUGUCUUGGAGUUGUAAAAGGAACCAUUUAAGUGUAGUGACCCAUUUCUGAGGUCUGUGAUUGCAUCAACAACAUUUGAAAAUGAAGAUCAAGUGAGUGUCUGGCUUUCUGCUCCACUGGAGGUUUCUGUUGUUCUGGGGCUUGCUUUAGGACACCUGGAUUAUAGUUUGACAGGUGUACUGCCUCAGGCAGACUCCUCCUGGUGCUGUCCUCAUCAUGAUCUCAUGACCAAGUGUAUUAAAAACAGAUAAUAAAACUAAGAAUUUGGUUUAUCUACUAGAUCAUCACCCACAUGUAAAGCCACAUUUUCAUGUGACCACUCAAGAAUACUUAGGCAAAAUAGGUAAAGUCAGUUGCUUAAGUUAAGGUAUACUUAAGCUGUUUCUCUUCCUCAGAAGUAUACUUUCAUUUUAUAUUAUGUAGCUCAAAUUAGUUGUAGCUUAAUCCUGCAAAGUAAAUGUAUUUAGGACUACUUGACUCCUGAAUGAAAACAUCCAUAUGGUAGUUCAUCAUGCUUGCAGCUAUUCAUAUUGAAUUCACAGCUCCAAUUGAUUUGCGUUACCUCUCCUAAGUUCUUAGAAAUGUUGAGGAAUUAUUCAGUAGUAGUAUAAGACAGCAUCUCAUAAUCAAGCAUCAGGCAAAUCAAAAGCAUCUAGAUGCAAAAUGUUGUCAUCACAAUCUUAGUCCUAUCUGCAAAUAUAAGAUUAGGCACAUGGAUUAUUCUUUUUAACAUAGAAGGUACCAUUGCCCUAACAGUGCUGUGUGAUGUUGGCCUUAAACUGGGGGGGGGGGGGGGGGGGGGAAGAAAAAACAACCCAAAAAACACCCCACCCCACCCCCCCAAAAAAAAGAACAACCAAAAAAGGACCUACACGAAACCCAAGACCCAGACCAAAAUCCCUCCUCAGUUUACAAGUAAACAUAUACAAUUUAGAUAUAACAUUGUGUUCAGCCUUACUAAUUGAUAUCUCAAAAACCUGUUAGUGUAAAACGCACUCUUUUUUUUUUUUUUUUACAUAUAUUAAAGUUCUUGUAGAUUGAAGUUACUUUAGUCUUCAGAAACUUCCCAAAAUAAGAUGAUCUAGGAAUAAAAUUUUAGUAAUCCUUGGGGAUUUCAGAGGUUUUGCACUGUUCUACUAUUUCCCUACCUUUCUGAAUAAAAGUACUACACAAGUAUGACUUUCUCUCAUGCUCCCUACCUGAUUCCAUGAAGCAGCGGAAAUGAAAGCUGAAAAAGCUAGGCUUAGCGCUUAAUUCCUGUAUUGAUUUCAAUUUUAAAUCCUUGAUAGUUCAGGGAAUAGUAUGCCAUAACUUUAAUAAAACUGCUGUGAUAUUAAUGAUGGAAACAGACUGAGAGGUGGGGUGAACUGCUGUCUGUGUGAGAUGCAGCUGUGGCUUGUUUUAAAAUUUUAGAGUUUUAUGAUGGCUAUUGCAAUACAGAUACUUUUCAUCUAGAUUAGUAAGCUUAGUUCUCUGGUUUGCUGGUGUGACAGAUUUGUGUUCAGUGGGUUUUAUAGAUCUCUUCAGUAUGUGGUCUUAGCAGAUCUCUAAAAACAGAACAUCUUCUGGUAACACAUUCUUUUGAACUGUUUUUCUAAUACUCUUUACAUUGAGUAAGUAUAACAGUUUUGAUCCUGAUCCACGUGCUGGAAAAGUGAAGUUUGAAAAAGGGUAGCUUUGUUCCAAUAUGCUAAUAACUUGAACAAAUGUUUAACAUCUUCAUCUUUUUUAUGAGAGCAUUCUACCUCCCUUAAAUGGGGUGCUUGGGCGAGAAAUACAAUUAUUCUGUUUUUACAAGUCAACGCAAAGAUGAAUAAGAAUAGGCAGAUAUUAUUAAAACCUGAUAUUGUAGAAUUACUUAUAGUCUGUUUUGUGCAGUAGCAGUGUGAAGUAAAAAAAAAAAAAAAAAAAAAAGUUCCAUACAGUAAUUAAAUAAUGCAUCACUUUUAGCAAUGUGUUUUCAUUUUCAAAUGUUACAUUUAAUAGAAGAAAAUAGCAACCUGAAUGACAAUCCUGAAUACAUGCAGGAAAUAUUCUAGACAUCUAAGUAUUAGAAGCUUCUAAUUUUCAUACUAUGUCCUCUUGAAAAGACUGUCAUGAUUAAGACUAUAUGGUAAUAAAUAUGAAGUUCAAGAUUAUUUUUUUUAUGCUAAAAUGAGACUGGCUUAUGCUUGGAUAUGUGGAGAGCCUUCCUAGAAGAAAAGUACAGUUGAGGUUCUGAAGUUAGAAGCAGGUAAGUACUGAACCAAGGAGAGAAUUAAAAAUGAAUAUAUGCACGAAUGACCUCAAGUUAAAAAAAAUAAUUAUGGAGAAGUAAAACUUCAUUUCCUGGUCUUGAAAUUAUUAUGGUGUAUAAGUGAAAUCAGAUGUUCAAAUAUGGAACUGCAAAGUUUGAAAGGCCAUAGCUUGGAAGUCUUAUUGGAUGACUUUGGGUCUGGUAUUUUUAUUUAAAAAUAAAGAGCCCUUUGUAGUAAAGGGGAUAAGGUGAAAUUCCAUGGAAACCUAAAAAGUAUAUUUCUGGUAUCUUAGAGGAAUUACUACAAAGAUGUUAAACACUGACCUAAUGUAUUAUUAUCCUUUAAAUGUGUAUGCUUGCUUAGGUAACAUUUUAUUUGGUUGGUUGGUAACACAUUGUUUUGUUUGUU